CACUAUUUUCGAACCAUUCUUGCUACGCGUUGGAGUUUUUGCUUGUUUUCAAAUUAAUUUUUAUGUAAUUUAUUAAAAUGCGGGGCUUAGUAAUUGUGCCCAUGGACUUAGAACCUGGUUUCCGCAAAGCAACCAUACACAAUAUACCCACAGUCAAUCAUGGUAUGGUAUUCAACUACUUUGCAGAAGUGGCCGACAAACAAAUCUCAACAGAUAACAAUGAUCUCUUAAUAGACUAUGUGCAUUUGCGCCGUCAGGACGAUAUAUGCGAUUUGAAAGCAUUAGUAUUCUCCGCAGCCGACUUUGCCAAUACGGAAACACAUGCGAAUGUUGUGCUCAAAAUCAGUGAAGGCUCCAAUGCUAUUCGGGAAAGUCAGUGCAGUCUUUGUCCCAGAGAAGCUGUUUGCAUACACAUUGUGGCGUUCAUAUUUUGGCUACAAACCAAAAGCACAGAUACAAGAUCAACAGCUGUUGUGGAAUUCUGGGGCAAUGAACUGGAAGCUCUUGUGCAUCCCGAACCAUCCAAAGCCAUACGAAUUUGUGACAUGGUAACGGAUGCUGAUCCGCCCACGGAUGUGGAUCUCGAUACAUCAAACGAAGGCGAAGAACGUGCAUUUUUAGAGUCUGUUUUGGAGGAACUGGCCAUUUGCGGACGGGACUCUGCAUUGUAUCGACAGUGCGUGGAGACAACCGACGAAUUCGAGGCAAUACUUAUGCAUCACGUGUUGCUAAAGGUGACCGAGUACAACAUAUUCGAUGUGCACAGUUUUAUGCAGCACAUGGAGAUACAGGCUCAGAGUGGACUCUUUGAGAGCCUCAGCGAGGUGACGAAAACACAGUACAAGUCGAAGUUAUGGAUAGAGGCGCAAUAUAUGCGCAUACGCUGUUCCAUGAUGCAGUUGAUUAUCUCACGCAAAACACAAGAGGACGAUGAACAUUUGUUCAAUAUGCUCUUCUGCAAGGGUCGCGACGAAAAGCCCGAGGAGCGAGUGCAACUAAAGCAACACAAGCGCUUCAUAUUGAAGCAGACAGAGAGAUUGGAGAGCAAGGAGUAUAUAGAGUGUGGUUUAUUGCUCCACGAAAGCUAUCCUUUCCUAUGUGCAUCACCAGACGGUAUAACGGAUGAUCAUAUUGUGGAAAUCAAAGCGCCCAAGACUGAGGAGGAUUUCGAAAAAUACCUCGAGGCACGCGAAACCAUUGCUCCCAAGUAUAUGGCUCAAAUUCAAAUACAAAUGUUUCUGGCGAAUGUAAAGAAGGCGCUUUACUGUGUGCUCAGUCCCACAUUCGAAACGAACGGAGCUCUGCAUUACGUUUGGGUGCAAGCAGAUCCCGAAUAUUUAGCCAGCCUGCUGAGCAUGGCCGAUGAGUUCUGGAAAGAUGUUGUCUAUCCACGACUCUUGAGCAUAUAUCCACAAACUUUGUGACAUCGAUUUUAUAGAUAAGUUCACUCAACCAGCUACAGCUAGUCAAUAGAUUUAAGCAAUUGAACUCACCUUUGGCGAAGAUUUGAAGUGAGAUUACAGCCUUGGUCUCGCCAUGACAAUUGCUGGCAAUAACCGAAUAUGUGCCGGUAAAGUCCAAUUUGGCGCUGGGUAUCUCCAAGCGAUACUCCGGUCCGUCGCCAAUGCGUCGAAAAUGCGGAGCGUCCUUGUAAUAUUCCGGCUGCCAAUAAAUAACAAAAAAAUAAAA